AGAGAGCUGAGCCAUUGGAGUGUGGGUGACCGGCAGCAAGGUAGACACCUCCACUCAGCUCUCCGCCAAAGCUGCACUGCCCCACUGAGAGGAUGAAGGUGUCUGUGGCUGCCCUUUUUCUCUGCCUCCUCGUCCUCACCAUGACUUCUGCUUUUCGUAGCCAGCCAAAAAUUCCUGAGUCGGUGAACCCCGCACCCACCUGCUGCCUGAAGCAUAAUGGAAAAUCCUUGCCAAAGAAACUGGUGGUGGGAUACAGAGAGGCCCUCAACUGUGCCCUGCCAGCAAUCAUCUUUGUCACCAAAAAGAACCGAGAAGUCUGUGCCAACCCCAAUGACAAAUGGGUCCAAGAUUACAUCAAUGAUCCCACCAUACCUUUGUUGCCUCCCAAGAACUUGGCUUCAGUGACCAGAAAAGAGAAGGGCCGGCUCUAGCUCCCCAGCUCCCCGUGAUGAUCAGGCCUCCACGGAAGCUCAGGUUUGGUGGAGGAAGGAAUAAGCCUAUAAGAAGAACAUGAGUGCCAGGGCUAUAUAGCUCAGUGGCAUAAGUGCCUGCCUGGCAAGUACAAGGUCCUGAGUUCAAUGCCCGGUAUUAAAAAAAAAAAAAAAAAAGAACAUGAGCAGUCAUAGUCGGGGAAAUAAACCAAUGAUCAAAAAUAAAGGAAAAACAUUUUGAA